GAUCCAGAGGGUCCCGGUGGUUCGACCCCCUGACGAAGGACGUGGCAGGUAUUUAAAAACCAAAACAAAACAAGCAGCAGCUGUUUGUGUGAAACGUGGCGUCGACGGGAACACAAAGAGGGAACGAGCAUGGAUCCACUGGUGGCUGCGAUCGACCAGGGCACGAGCUCCACGAGGUUUCUGGUGUUCAAUGCAAAAUCAGCCAAACUGAUCAGUCACCAUCAAGUAGAAAUUAAGCAGAGUUUCCCCAAGGAGGGCUGGGUGGAGGAAGACCCCAAGGAGAUAAUACAGUCUGUCUAUGAGUGCUUGGAGAGGACUUGUGAGAAACUCAGCCAGCUCAACAUUGACGUCUCCAACAUAAAAGCGGUGGGAGUGACCAAUCAGAGAGAGACAACCGUGGUAUGGGACAAAGAGACGGGAGAGCCACUCUACAAUGCCAUCGUUUGGUUGGACCUGCGCACACAGUCCACAGUGGAGAGGCUCAUCAACAAAGCUCCGGGCAAAAACAAGAACCACCUGAAGCACAAGACAGGCCUUCCUAUCAGCACCUACUUCAGUGCAGUCAAGCUGCGUUGGCUUCUCGACAAUGUGGAGGAAGUCCAACAGGCAGUAGCGAGUGGGCGGGCCAUGUUUGGCACGGUGGACUCCUGGAUCAUCUGGUGCCUGACGGGGGGCAGGAACGGGGGCGUCCACUGUACAGAUGUGUCUAAUGCCAGUCGCACCAUGCUCUUCAACAUCAACAGUCUGGACUGGGAUCCUGAACUGUGCAGGUACUUUGAUGUCCCCAUGCAAAUCCUCCCCAAAGUCCGAAGCUCCUCUGAAAUCUACGGCUGGAUGAAAUCCAGCUCUCUAGCAGGAGUUCCAGUCUCUGGGUGUCUUGGUGACCAAUCAGCUGCUCUUGUUGGUCAGAUGUGUUUCAAGGAAGGCCAGGCAAAAAACACGUAUGGGACUGGUUGUUUUCUGCUCAGAAAUACAGGGACCGAGCCUGUGAUGUCCGAGCACGGCCUGCUGACCACAGUGGCGUACAAACUGGGAAAGGACGUGCCCGCCUGCUACGCACUGGAGGGCUCAGUGGCCAUUGCAGGGGCGGUGGUGCGGUGGCUGAAGGACAACAUGGGCAUUGUGCAAUCCUCCUCGGAGAUUGAGAAACUAGCAGCUGCAGUGGGGACGUCAUAUGGCUGUUACUUUGUACCGGCUUUCUCUGGGCUCUACGCCCCCUACUGGGAACCCAGUGCGAGAGGCAUCAUCUGUGGUCUGACUCAGUUCACUAACAGAAGCCACUUGGCGUUUGCUGCUCUGGAAGCCGUCUGUUUUCAGACCAGAGAGAUCCUUGAUGCGAUGAACCAGGACAGUGGGGUCCCUCUGACGCAGCUGCAGGUGGAUGGAGGCAUGACAUCCAAUAGAUUACUGAUGCAGCUACAGGCCGACAUCCUCUGCAUGCCCGUAUUACGACCUGCCAUGUCGGAGACCACAGCUCUGGGUGCAGCCAUGGCAGCAGGGGCAGCUGAAGGGGUGGACGUGUGGAGCCUGAGCCCCGAUCAGCUCCCAGAUGUUACUUCUGAGAAAUAUGAACCUCAGAUCAACUCUGACGAGAGCGAGUUCCGCUUCGCUCGUUGGAAGAAGGCUGUCCAGAAAGCCAUGAACUGGGAGACCACAGAGCCAUGCUGCAACUCUAAUGGUUUUGGAAAGAAGAUUAACGGUGCCCCCUGGGGAGUUCCUCCCACUCCUCCCCCCACCAGAGUGGACCCCUAAGAUGAGCAGCAGUAACACACCUGCAGUGCAACAUGGCUGACCUCUGCGGAACAAGACUGGAGGAGGAUGCAGGAGCAGUCAGCUGCAUGUUGCAGUGCACAGUAGCAUCUCAUGGCUGUGGCUGAAAACUUCCACAUUAAGUGCAGCUGCAAUCAAGUGACCUGUGGAGCUUCUUGUAGCACAGAGGGAAACAUUGUCCGUAUAUUUAUUCCUCCUCUUCCUUUUAAAUGCGAACAACGGUUUUUUUCUUGAACAACCUCAUAGUAAAAAUUAUGAAUUUGCCUUCUGAAAUGUGGUGUUUGUAGAAGUGUCACACUGCUGCACCUGAUCACUGUAACAAAGGGAGACACAGUACUGUUAUUUCCUGUGCUUUGUUUUGACUUGUUGUACUUUGUAUUUAAACUGGGGUUUGUUCUCGGAGGAAGGAGAACGCUGCCCUCGGAGUUGUAAUAUAAAAAUUGUAGAAACUAUUUUGGACUAAAAAAAAAGAAAAUAUAAUCAUUAACUCUGGAUCUUUGCAGCGAGGCUCAACAUUUUUAUUUCAGUUGAUGAAAGUUCUAAAUGUAAGAUGAAGUAUAGCUGACGCUGUUUAUCUCGAUCUUGUUUGAUUAUUGAGCCACACACUUUCUUAAGUGUUUUUAACCGGAUUCAUUUGAAUGAUGGGGAUUUUUUUAAAGUUUAAUUGAUGAGGUCAGUAUAAGACCAUCGCUGUUUUAUAUUCACUUUCAAGCCCGACCAUUUGUAUCCGAGCCACGUGAAACUCACUUUAAUUCAGUGUGGAGACACCGAGAUGAAAUUAAAUGAUUUCUAAAUGAUUGUAUCCAGAUUUAUAAUCAUUGAAAACAGAACGUUUGUGUUUAUCUGUGGAUGAGUGAGAACCAAAUUUUGAUUUAUGUGAAUGUAACUUUCCUGGAUCCUUAUUUUGUAGUUAUAUAAUUGAGAUCCUGUUUGUUUAUUUAUUUCUUGUGCAGUGGGAGCUAUGAAUUUAACUUUUAGUGAUGGCUGUGAUUAUUGAAUUUAUAUUAGUAUGUUUGAUUUUUUAAAUGAAUGGGAUCAUGUUGGAGUACAGACACUUCAAAUCUUACCAAUCUGGGAUGUGCAACUACAGACUACAUUAAAGUUUUGAAUUAAUCCCAAGACUUUGAUCUGAUG